UUUUCUUGUAGCUGUGACCUGAGCAGUGCACAUUAUCUGUUACCAAGCGGAUGGGAAACAUCCCAUAAAGCCCUCCCUGGAGCCCUGUGCGGUCCUGCUGCUGCUGCAGGGGGUAACGUUAAUGAUCUGUAAUUAACACUAACAGAAUGGACUCUACCGGGGCGGCGGAACUUCUCCUCCCGGUGUAAACCUUACAUCGCCCGGUAAUGACAACAGAAAGACCGAGUGAAGCAGAAAUGUGACAACACUUGCAGAGAGGCUUCAGAGCGUUGACAGCUCCAGGUUUGCCCGUGCGGGGGCACCAAGACGGACGAGGAAACCCCGAGGAUCAGGGCCUCCUCUCCGGAUGACACCGGCAGGAGCCAGCCACACUGCUCUCCUUAGCUAGCAUCGGCUAAGCUAACGAAUGUCUUCCCUCAAUUAGAAAUAACUGUAAAUGGAUAACUUAAUUCGGACAACUUUAUUCGAGGCUUGUGGGAGUUGUUAGGGAGUUUGCGGUCACCGGAUGGACGGACAACAUCCUCUCUAGGACUGAGAGUGACUGUGAAAACUGCGAGAGGUUCUCCAGAAUGAAAUUCCAUCCAUCCAUUUUCUUUAACUGCUUGUCUUCUUAAGAGUAGCUGGGGGCCUGGAGACAAUCCCAGCUGACAUUGGGCAUGAUGGACGGACUUCACAGUCAGGCUAUAAGCCUGGACCCACGCAGGCAGGAACUGCUUGAGGCUCGCUUCACUGGACUUGGUGUGGCCAAGAGUUCAGCCAACAGUGAAUCAUCCAACCAGUCUCUGUGCAGCGCGGGAUCACUCAGUGACAAGGAACUGGAGACACCAGAGAAGAAGUCCACUGACCAGAGAAACAGGAAGAGGAAAGGGGACAUCUAUGACAGCAACAGCCAAGGAAAAGGAAGAGGGCACAAAAUCAGUGAUUAUUUUGAGUUUGCUGGUAGCAGUGGCUCUGGCACCAGUCCAGCCCGGGGCAUCCCCAUGCUGGUGCGCUCCUCUCCACAGCACUCACUGUCUAAUCCUCUGUUUCAGCAAGGCAGCCCCUCGUCCACAGGCUCAGCCCACACAGACUCUUCAUCUUGCAGCUCUGUGAAGACGGCCCCCACACACUCCUGCUCACACAAAGCCAUCCAGUCAGAACUGACGCUGCUGAAACUGACAGCACUGGAGAAGGACAAGAACUCUGACCUGGAGAAGAAAGAGGGGAGGAUAGAUGACCUGCUGCGGGCUAACUGUGACUUGAGGCGGCAGGUGGAUGAGCAGCAGAAGAUGCUGGAGCGCUACAAGGAGCGGCUUAACAAGUGUGUGACCAUGAGCAAGAAGCUCCUAAUUGAGAAGUCAAAGCAGGAGAAGAUGGCCUCCAGGGACAAGAGCAUGCAGGACCGUCUACGUCUGGGCCACUUCACCACCGUGCGGCAUGGAGCCUCCUUCACCGAGCAGUGGACAGAUGGAUUUGCCUUCCAGAACCUCAUCAAGCAGCAGGAGCGAGUCAACUCGCAGAGGGAGGACAUCGAGAGGCAGAGGAAGCUGCUGGGAAAGAGGAAACCUCCCUCCAUGGCCCAGACACCUCCACCCAGUCUCGAGCCAAACAAACGAAAGAGCCGGAGCAACGGCCAGGAGAGUGAAGCGUUGUCUCUGGCAGAAUAUCACGAGCAAGAGGAGAUUUUCAAACUUCGAAUUGGUCAUCUAAAAAAGGAAGAAGCAGAGAUCCAGGCCGAGCUGGAGCAUCUGGAGCGAGUAAGAAACCUGCACAUUCGGGAGCUGAAGAGAAUCCACAACGAGGACAACUCGCAAUUUAAAGACCACCCCACGCUGAACGACCGAUACCUGCUACUACAUUUACUUGGAAGAGGUGGCUUUAGCGAAGUUUUCAAGGCUUUUGAUUUGACAGAGCAAAGGUAUGUCGCCAUUAAAAUCCAUCAACUCAACAAGAACUGGAGGGAGGAGAAGAAGCAGAACUACCACAAACACGCCUGUAGAGAAUACAGAAUCCACAAAGAACUUGACCACCCCAGAAUAGUCAAACUCUACGACUAUUUCUCACUUGACACAGAUUCGUUCUGCACAGUACUGGAGUACUGUGAAGGCAACGAUCUGGACUUCUACUUGAAGCAGAAUAAGCUGAUGACCGAGAAGGAGGGCCGAUCCAUCGUCAUGCAGAUUGUCAACGCCCUCAAGUACCUCAACCAGAUUCGCCCACCCAUCAUCCACUACGACCUCAAGCCCGGAAACAUCCUGUUGGUCAAUGGCACAGCUUGUGGAGAGAUUAAGAUCACUGACUUUGGGCUGUCCAAGAUCAUGGAUGAUGACAGCUACAGCUCUGCAGAUGGCAUCGAGCUGACCUCACAAGGAGCAGGGACCUACUGGUACCUGCCUCCUGAGUGCUUUGUGGUGGGCAAGGAGCCCCCUAAAAUAUCCAACAAGGUGGAUGUUUGGUCAGUCGGGGUCAUCUUCUACCAGAGCUUAUAUGGACGCAAGCCGUUUGGUCAUAACCAGUCACAGCAGGAUAUCCUUCAAGAAAACACCAUAUUAAAAGCCACUGAGGUGCAAUUUCCCCCCAAACCUGUGGUCACCACAGAAGCAAAGGCCUUCAUUCGACGUUGCCUGGCUUAUCACAAGGAGGACCGCGUUGAUGUGCUACAGUUGUCCAGUGACCCCUUCCUAAUGCCCCACAUUCGAAAAGCUCUGGCCAGCAGCGCACCUCAGGCUCCUCCUCUUCCCUCCACCUCCAGCUGCUACGGCAGCAGUGCCUCCAACUGAAGCAAGCUGAACGAAGCUGGGACAAAACCCCAGUGAGGACAAAGCCACGCCGAGACGUUAACACACUUGAUGAAACUCCUCCUUUUGCUCUCGUGAUUGUGAGAGAGCAGAGAGCAUGAUGGGAUGUAGGGAUCCUAAGAGUGUGAAUGGAACCAAAAUGACGGAUGACGUGGUGAUGUAGUAGUAAGUGCGCCCACCACCAUCAUCCAAGUGCUAAAAAAUGAAGGGCCAGUCUGUGGCUGUGGGCUCAGUAGAACCCAAAGAUUUGCCCAUAUGCAUGCACUAACACACAAACUUUGGCUCAUUUCAAGGGAGCUUUUUUACACGGCGAAUUAUAAAAGCACCCGAAAAAUUGCACAACUGACGGGCGGAGAAGUUCGCCAUGUGUGGAAGAUCACCUGCCUGUACUCUGGAAGGUUUAGAGGAAGACGCAUUAAUGAAAUUUCAUCCCAUUCUGCUUGAAAUCAUCAUCUAUCAAACUAUUUUUCACAGCUAGAGUGGUCAAUUUUAAACGUGUAUCCCUGUAGGUGUGAACCUGGGACUUUUUGGAAGGGCUCCUACAAGUAAUAAGGAACGACCGAUGACCAAAGUUCAAGGCCUGCCUUGCGGAAACGGCACCAUUAGAGGUUCAUAUAUGACUUGACAGAAGAGGGCUGAUUCUGGAGAGAGUAACUGGUUUUGACCUAUUUUAAAUAUUUGACUGGAUAACUGGAAGUCAGCUUAUUAUUUUAAUUAAGUCCAUAUUUUUCCAUGAAAUUUACCCCCUCUAAUGUUUUGUUAACCUUACAGGGGGGCUGACUAUGAGUGAGUGUUGUGAUGAGAGUUAAAGAUUCAACAGAAAUAAUAAUUAUGAAACCAUUAAAAAACAUUUGGUUAA